AUGGUUCAAUGUUCCGGCUGUAAUCUUCCUAUUUCUGACAAAUACUUGCUCAAAGUUUUGGAUUGUAUGUGGCAUACAAAAUGUCUCCAAUGCGAUCAAUGUAAACUUCAGCUCACAGAGAAAUGUUAUUCGCGAGAAGGCAAACUUUACUGCGCCAAGGAUUUCUACAGGUAGGGACUUGGGAUAAAAGUUACGAGGGAUUUAUGUUCAACGGAUGUAAGGGAACUGCUAAUCCGGUUAUAUAUUCUUGUAACUUGUCUUGAAAGUUUGACAACCGCGUAUAGAUUGUAUCAGUUGAAUAAUAAAACAUUGUGUCUUCCACAGGCGCUAUGGCACGAAGUGCUCAGGAUGUGACGAGGGGAUUUUACCGACAAAUUUGGUCCGCCGCGCGAAAGGAAUGGUUUUUCACGUUGAAUGCUUUUGUUGUUCAAUGUGUUUGAAGGAAAUUGCAACUGGUGACGAGUUGUACCAUGUUGGCGGGAAUAAAUUCGUUUGCAAAGAGGACUAUGACUUACAACAACAGGAUAUUGAGAGUAGGUUGAAAUAUUUUAACAUCUUGUUCUAUAAUUUGUGUGUAUAGUAUAUAAAUAUUAUGUUUAUCCAAGUUUUAGAGCACGUACGAACCGUCUUAUACACAACGGUACUGUGUAGAGCUAUCUCAUGUGAAAUAUAUUAUGCUGCAACGCCAUGCGAAUGAAUUAAAAGUUAACAAGCUUAUAUAUAAAAUUAGGUGCGAGCGUUCGACAAUCGUCUUUUGAUUGUUGAGUGAAAUCUUUACUUUUAUAUGCUCCAAGAAAUGUAAAUUACACCGAGCCGUUUUUUAAAACAACACGAGGUAAACAUCGUUCAUGAAUUUUUACAGCUCCUAAGUAACUAACAACAACAGCAAUACACCUCGAUACGGAUUUAAUUCAUCAUCGUAACAAUUUUAAAGCCUGUUUCUCAACGCGCAUGAAAAAUAUCUAAGGUUUACCAACAUGUGAAUUAUUCAGCAAUACGAAUCGGUUAGAUCUGAGGAAAGUGAUUUAAUACAUGGACAUUUAUAACAAAGAGGGAACAUUUGGUUUACUACCUUAUGAUCCAGGCUGUCAAGUAAAAUAUCUGAAAUUUCGUGACUGCUACCUUCAAACAGAACCAACCGUUUGAAGUUCAGGCAGGAAUCUCAAAGCAUUGCAUGUAUUUCAAGACCACUACUUGCGCUAAGAAGUUUAUAAGCUAGCGAAAUUCUACCCCAAAGGAUUUUAAGAUCACUAACAACAAUAUAACGCUAACUAAUAUAGCUUGAAGUUUAGUUUUGAGAAUCCACCAAAAGGCAGAGGACAGGUAUUUGAUAUCUAUCUAUAUAUGGACGUGUAAAACCACUAUCUGUGCCUUGAGAACCAUCAGGUUUAAGGCCAGUGAAAAUCCACCACAAGGGACGGAAAUUUCAAGAUCACUAUACCUACGCUGAGAACGCGGAAAUGUCAAGGAACUGAAUUGAAUAAACCUAAACAAGCUUUGAAAAAGAUUUAAGACAAUUUGGGUUUUAUACUUGGGUCUAUAAGGACUAUAAGAACGAAGAGCCUUUGAAUGAACGAUUAAAUCUGCAUGCUUGUACGCUAUGAGGAUCUCUACGAAGAAGAACAUGAUUAAACAGAUUAUAUGUUAGACUAUUUUUACACGGAACUGGAUGAAUUCAAAAUCGUUGCGGAGUUUCUCGUUACAAGUUCACACAAGAUGCAUGAGAAUAUACAAAUUCAAGCACAGCUAAUCAUUUUCUAUCUGAACAAAUGGAACUAGACGCGUAUUUGGGUAGAGUUCCAAACUCCGGUACAAUCUCGUGUCAUCUUCAUGCGUUUUUCUUCUUAGAUUCAGAAUCGCCCGAGAAAACAGAAACGGAAAGCGACGAAGCUCCAAAGGACGAAGACGAAUCUGUGAUGGAUGAAGAUGGCGAGAAUGGACCGAACGGAAAACGUCGAGGACCACGAACGACCAUCAAGGCGAAACAACUUGAGAUUCUCAAAGCGGCCUUCUCUGCGACGCCAAAACCGACGCGACACAUGCGAGAAAAGCUCGCCCAAGAAACAGGGCUCUCCAUGAGAGUUAUCCAAGUUUGGUUCCAAAACAGAAGAUCGAAGGAACGCCGGUUGAACAACAGCGGUUUGAACGGCUUGCAGAACCGAGGCAAGUCUCGUACACCAAGGAAAGGAUCGGAGAAUCAAGACUUACUUGAAGGCAUGGUCGGGGCAUUGCUUGAUCCCAAUUGUGGUUUCCCAACUCAAGGUUUGUGUUUUGGAUUAGCUCUUUUUGAAAUCAUUUAAAAGGAUUAAAGAUUAUUUAAUCUAUUUACAUUAGCAAUAACUUGGUCAGUACAUUAUAGACAGAGAGGUUUGCCGGCUAUAGGAGCGCUCGAAACCUUUAAAGGUAAUCCUGAAGAAAUAGAAAUAUUCUUACUGCAUUAUAUAUAGAUAGAGUCUGGAGUUUACCUUUUCACAAAGGACUUGGCCCAUAUGCUAAGUGAGUAAAUAGAUCUCCUUAGAUCUACACAGGAAGAUUUUGGAAUGCGCAUUAUAAAAACUCAUUCUCUAAAAAACCUAAAUUACUGCACAUCCAUGCAACUUUUGUACCCUUGCGGUAUAUUCAAAUUAGAGAGGAACAACUAUAGAUAUAGGCUUUAUUUCAACACGAGUAUUUCGAUUUCAAUUUCGAUUUUCAAUAGCGUUUGUGUGUUGAUUACAACUGCAUAUAUAUAUGCAUGCGAUCGAACAUUUAUACACAUUUGAAAAUCAUCAGUACAAAAAUUAAUCUAUAUAACGCGGCAACAUAUACAUACAUGCAUGUUUUUGUAUGGGAUGUGAAGUUAGUGUAUCAAACGCCUGAUCUAUAUAAACUUAUGCAAAAUACAGUCAACUUAUUAAUGCAAUACUUUCUAUAUAUAGACAAAACACGAAACUGAGCUAUACUAAACACAAUUUGCUACAAAGUAACUCGCUACAUUACAAAGCAACUCUGGGAAGUCGCUACAUUAUCUCACUUAACAAUAAACUUUGUAAUGCAUUGAGAGUAUCCGCUUAACAAACAGAGACUAUAGACCUUCUAGUGGCAAUGUUUGUUUUAGAUGAAAGCUUUCGUUAACACGCUUGUUUACUGUUCAACCCCUCUUUCUUUCAUCGUAUUAUGAUUAAUUAGACUUCCCGAAUACUAUGAAACAGAAAUUAUGCGUAUUAAACACUAGCCCGCAAAAAUGGCUGACAUGAACCAGUCUAAGGAGCGUUGUUUGUGUUAAAAGGCCUCAAAACAUUCAAUACUACACAAGAAACAGCUGUAAACUUGUAAGCUGAAACGUAGAUUGAACUUACACGGUCUUUUAAAUAAUUCAAAAGUAUAAAUUGAAAGCGUUUCUACGCUAACGAACGAAUUAUACUAUCAAAGCUAUAUUGCUUAUAUGAGUCUAUUGUUUCAUUAAAAGUUUAGUAAGUCAAGGACUCUUUGCCCACUUUAUUCAGCUGUUCCAAGCUCAUCUAAUGAGCUCGCAUGCAAAACGCCGUGAUAUUUUCCCAAAAACAAAUAAUUCUCACUUUCUUGUUUGCCGGUAAAAAACGAUAAAAAAUCAAAUGAAAUCGCGUGAAAUCACAAGUACGUACAGCAAGGGAAAUCGACUGCGUUUUCGCGCCGCAAAUUUGCGCAAAAACGCGCAGACGUUUUGCACUUUUGGCGUUUCAACGCGCCGUAGUUUAGGCUUCGACGUUUGAAUGUGGAUGAAGCAAAACGCUGGGCACACCUGCACAUCUCCCACGGUCGUUCGGAAAUUUGUAUAAAACUAUAGCACCGAAUGCCAAGGAUAAAAAUUUCUCUCGCAGCCCGUAUGCUCAGCUGGGAACGUCAAACAGAACGCGUUGUAAAAGCCUGUGUUGUACCCAAAGGAACAGCAAACGACAUCAUUUCGCUUUCCCAAGCUUUUUAACGAAAUAUGUAAACAUUUAGCGAAGCUUUUCAAACGUUUUGACAGCAUUCACACUUAAACUGCGCGGCGGUUCACCGUAAUUUCGGCAAUUUUAAACCGCUAACGACCUUCGAUAUUUCAGUUAAAUCUUAAAUCUUAAGUGCUACUGUACUUAAAUUUAUCAUUCAGUGCUUUCAACGAUUCGACUGAGGUUUCAAACUUUAAAUUUUAAAGCGAAAUAUUAAGUCUAUACAAGAUAAACCAGUUAAAAGCAGACACUUCGCCAGGAUGCUUAAUUUUCCUAUUUGGGAAAAAAACCCAAGUGGCUUAAAGCAUAUAUACAAUAUAAUAAGUACAAAAAGUGUUUGUUGGAUAGUAAAACAAACGUCGGCAAUUAACAUGGACAUACUAAUGACUGGCGUAUACAAUUAAAUAUUGUCAAACCAAAAAUCUGUAGUGUGAAAUUUCUUAAGCCAAAAUAUUUAGCUUCAAAUAAUGUUAACUAUAUAGAUAAGAAUCUUUCAUUGCUUGCCUAUCGCACUGGAAAAUUCAUAAUUAAAGUUUGUUUUAAAAUUAAAAGGCACGCGCGUUUGUGGUCGUGCGACUCGCCGCAUAAAUUUUCUCGCGAGCAAUGGCCCAGAAAAUUGCAUGAAAAAAGCAAUAAGGCAGUCAAAUACAAACAAAGAAUGUUCGUUAAGCCUCUGAACGUGGGCUGUACGCCUUUGGCAGAUGUAAAAUCGUUUCUAGAGGUCAAAAACUACGUAGCAUCGCCCCAAGACAUCUGUUGAUGACAGAUGUUCGCGCCGUUCACAAACGCCUCAGUUAGAUUUUGUGAUUUGUUGCCCACCCAAAAUAUUAAAUAAAAAACGCUCUACUUAACCCAGUAAAUUAAACAAACAUCGGUUUGUGGUUAGACCAAGGAAAAUUAAACAAAACCAUGCAUUAAAACGGUAUCAGCUCCUUUCUCCAGAAGCAUUCUGCAAAACUAUUUUAGUUUUUUACCUGUAUACAGUGUUAUUUCGUCGGCUAUAUAGUUAUAGGGGGAGUUGAUCGUAUCAGGAGAGUUCUAUCGUUAACGUUAUCUGUGUAGAAGAAAUAAUUAUAGGGCUCUAGACAUCAGGCUGCUGUGAUUUUCUUUACACUGUCUCGAGCAUGCGGCAAAACAGCAACAGCAAAGCCAAUAUUUCGGGGAGUGUUCAUACAAUAGAGAAACUUUAAUUGAUACGAUACGCUCCACAAUGCCAAGUAAAUCUGAAAAAAACAUAUAGUGAACUACCAGUAAAAACCUAAUUUACUAGUAUACUGUAUUCCAUGUUCGAAGCUUGUUUUAUGGUCAACUAACAUGAAGUAUUUAUUUGCACGAGCACGCCUGUACGGCGCGAUACAUAUUAAAAGUUAUUUUAAGUCCUUCUUCCCUUUGUAAUCUUAUAUAUUUAAAUAUAGAAUGAGCAUCUUUAGCAUCAAUUAAUAAAACUGUUGUUAAGGUUUUUUAAGGACUUACAUGUGUACUCACAUUCAAGAACAUGUACAACCUCUGUAUGAUGUAGCCAUGCUCAACUCAGCAGUGAGUUCUGUAAAACAUCAGAUCACUUUAAGGUAGCCCACAUUCAAGAACAUGUACAACCUCUGUAUGAUCUAACCAUGCUUAACUCAGCAGUGAGUUCUGUACAACAUCAGAUCACUUUAAGGUAGCUCACAUUCAAGAACAUGUACUAUCUCUGUAUGAUAUAACCAUGCUUAACUCAGCAGUGAGUUCUGUACAACAUCAGAUCACUUUAAGGUAGCUCACAUUCAAGAACAUGUACUACCUCUGUAUGAUCUAACCAUGUUUAACUCAGCAGUGAGUUCUGUACAACAUCAGAUCACUUUAAGGUAGCCCACAUUCAAUAACAUGUACUACCUCUGCAUGAUCUAACCAUGCUUAACUCAGCAGUGAGUUCUGUACAACAUCAGAUCACUUUAAGGUAGCUCACAUUCAAGAACAUGUACUACCUUUGUAUGAUCUAACCAUGCUUAACUCAGCAGUGAGUUCUGUACAACAUCAGAUUACUUUAAGGUAGCUCACAUUCAAGAACAUGUACUACCUUUGUAUGAUCUAACCAUGCUUAACUCAGCAGUGAGUUCUGUACAACAUCAGAUCACUUUAAGGUAGCUCACAUUCAAGAACAUGUACUACCUUUGUAUGAUCUAACCAUGUUUAACUCAGCAGUGAGUUCUGUACAACAUCAGAUCACUUUAAGGUAGCUCACAUUCAAGAACAUGUACUACCUUUGUAUGAUCUAACCAUGCUUAACUCAGCAGUGAGUUCUGUACAACAUCAGAUCACUUUAAGGUAGCUCACAUUCAAGAACAUGUACUACCUCUGUAUGAUCUAACCAUGCUUAACUCAGCAGUGAGUUCUGUACAACAUCAGACCACUUUAAGGCAGCCCACAUUCAAGAACAUGUACUACCUCUGUAUGAUCUAACCAUGCUUAACUCAGCAGUGAGUUCUGUAGAACAUCAGAUUACUUUAAGGUAGCCCACAUUCAAGAACAUGUACUACCUCUGUAUGAUCUAACCAUGUUUAACUCAGCAGUGAGUUCUGUACAACAUCAGAUCACUUUAAGGUAGCCCACAUUCAAGAACAUGUACUACCUCUGGAUGAUCUAACCAUGCUUAAUUCAGCAGUGAGUUCUGUACAACAUCAGAUCACUUUAAGGUAGCCCACAUUCAAGAACAUGUACUACCUCUGUAUGAUCUAACCAUGCUUAACUCAGCAGUGAGUUCUGUACAACAUCAGAUCACUUUAAGGUAGCCCACAUUCAAGAACAUGUACUACCUCUGUAUGAUCUAACCAUGCUUAUCUCAGCAGUGAGUUCUGUACAACAUCAGAUCACUUUAAGGUAGCUCACAUUCAAAACAUGUACUACUUCUGCAUGAUCUAACCAUGCUUAACUCAGCAGUGAGUUCUGUACAACAUCGGAUCACUUUAAGGUAGCUCACACUCAAGAACAUGUACUACCUCUGCAUGAUCUAACCAUGCUCAACUCAGCAGUGAGUUCU